CUGGCAAGUUGGUUUCCUUCUUGCCUUUUUGGUACUACUACUAUUUGUUUGAAUUGGUGUGAUCAUAUGUAUGUAUGUCCUACAAAACCCCUUUCCCUUUCCUGGUUAUGUUUCUUUUAGAUCCAUGAAAGUCUUUUCUUCUUUUGGAUUAGUGCCUUUUGCCAGAAAUUAGCAGAAAAAUGAAAGUUUAAGAUACUGACAAGCCCUGUAGAAUAAUUCCUUUCAUUCUCACUUGCAGUCUAACACUGAAAAUCUAGUUCAAAUUUAUCAAUACAUCAAUAUAUGCUCAUUGUCAUUGUCUUUUCAGCCUUUUUCAUAUCUUCAUUUCCCAGUAGAUAGUUGUAUAAUCUUUUUACUCAGCUUCAAUCGUCUAUUUGAUCUCACUUGCAUUUCUUUUUCCUUGUAUAGUUGUUCUUGUCAGCUUAUAAUUACAUAUCAGAUCCCUUUUUUCUAGUCCAUGGCUACUCCUUUGUUUGAUCUCCUAAAGAACCGAGUAGUGUCAUGGAUUGUUGUUGCUCCACUGCUCGCAUUUGCAACAUUUAUUCUCUUGGGGUCCUUAUCCAUCGUCUUCACAUCAACAGCCUUGAUUUUGUCAACCUUUCUGUUCGUAUUUUGUAAGAGGAAGCCUAAAUUAGUGGAGAAAUCAGCCAAAGAAGAGAUUCAGAAAUUGGUUCAUGGAACCUCACCUCAAAUGGAACAUAUUUUGGCAUCAAAACAACACCAUGAAGCCUUAGAAGGCGGAAGUGGUUCAUAUCAGAUUCAUGGCUACUUACUCAGAUCACCAGAUGUCUUAUUUGAAAAAGAGUCCACAACAGAAGAUUCGGGAGAGGAGUGGCCGUUUCGAGACAGCACGGAUCGAACCCCCGAUAUCUCCGAUGACGGGUCGAUAUCCGAUGAGGAUAGCCUCAUUGAAAUCUCCCUUCCUGAAGGACAUUAUGUUAGUCGCAAAGAAGAAGAGGCUGCUAAGUAUAUUAGGCAUCAGAAACUGACAGAUUCAAAGCCUGAAUGCAUUUUCCAGCAACGGAGUCUAAUGGAGCUAUUAGCAGAACUCAAUGACAUGAAUGAAGAAGACAACCUGAUUGAGAUUGACAUCUCCAUGGGAUCCAUCAAAUGUUCAAGUUUUGAGAUUGAAACAGGAAUUUAAAUAGCGGUCCGUUAUCGAAAUAGCGGCCGUUAUAUAGCGAUAGCGGCACCGUCUGAAACCGCUACUGUCGAAACCGCUAUUAUAUUUUAUAAUAAGUUGUGUGAAAUUUUUUUAAAAUUCACGAUCGCGAUACCCGCAAUGACCGCAAUAGCAUCAGUUAUGUCCGCAACCGCGAUAAACGCAAUACGACCGAAAACGAGGUCGCGACCGCAAUUUAAAUCCCUGAAGCUUAAAAAGAUCAUCUUUUGCAUGCUUCCUCUAAUAUGGAUCAAGUAUUUUUUGAUCCACACAUGUAUUUGGUGUAACUUUUACAAAUUCAGAAAAUCUAAGCUGCCAGUGUGCCACAUUUAAGUUCUAA